UAGUCUUUGUAAAAUCCAACAACUCAGCUCAUACGUAAGAUUAUAGAGAUAAAUCGAGUUGCAAAACAAUUUAAAAACAUGAAUCGCACCAGAUUAAACAACAUAAUAUUCUUUGUGGUAACGGUCAUUGUGCUAAUAGUAAGCUUGGUCAUGGUUUGUGUAUUUUCUGGAUUCGAACAUGAGAUGAAAAUGUUUAAAACAAUGCUUAAUACCAUUGUUUUAAUAUUAUUAUUACAAUUUCUGUUCUUUGAUCCCAUUAAGUUUGUGGUAUUGGCAAUUGAUGCGGCCACAUGGGGACUUGAACGUCAGUAUCAGGAGAAACCAGAGACAGGACAUUAUAAUCAUUACGAUUAUUUAAAGAUGCGUUUAAGAAGUUUACGCUCUCAAUUGAAAAUCACUGAGGAACAUCGUAAUGAAAAGUUAAAUCAAAAAUAUCAUAUUAUAGCAAAAGAUGUUUAUAUAUAUGGUUCAUAUUUCAUAAUGCUAUUAGCAUUUGUCUUGGUACAACAAGAUGUCAUUCUAUAUUAUAAUAUAAGGAAUGUUCAACGAUUAUUGUAUGAAAAUCAAUCUAGUACCUUGGGAUUAAAUCAAAUAUAUCAUCUUAAUACGGUGUAUGAUUACAUUGAGACGACAUUGAUUAAUCCAUUUGAUUCGAAUUUAAAUCAUCACGAUGCCUGGGAGCCAAUUGAGCAAAUCAAAAUGUUGGGCGUUGUGAGAUUACGACAAGUUCGUCCUGUCGAUAAUCAUAUAGGUCUAGAUGCCCCGGAAUGGGAUGUUCGGACAUUUUUACCAGAAUGGCAAUUGCCAUAUCAACGUAUACACUAUACUGAGAAAUUUUGGCGUAUUUAUGAACCGUGGCAACCUUUGGUUCAUAAUCCAAGUUUAUUAAAUGGUCUAUUAUUAAAUUUUGAACAUUAUGGCUCAUUUCAUACGUAUCCCGAACUAAAUGGCUAUGUAGCCUUCCUAAAACUAAGUAAGAAAGACAACAAGAUUUUUUUGAAACAUUUGAAGGAUUACAGUUGGAUAAAUUACAAUACAUCGGCUCUUUUUAUGGAUUUCACGUUAUAUAAUGCCGAUGCCAAUAUGUUCACUAUGUGCACCUUGCUGGUGGAAAAUACAGCAUUUGGCAUUCAAAUACCAUCUAUAAAGCUGGAAAGCGCUUUUCUAAUAGCCGAUUUGCACCAGCAAAGUAGUUUGGAGUUUAUAAUUGUAAUAUUUUAUUUUCUUGCUCUUCUUCAAUUUAUGAGUGCUUUGGUGGUUAAGAUAUGGUUUGAUCCACGAGAGAUACGCAAGAGAUGGAAUCAAUUGGAUAUAAUUAUAUGUUUACUUAAUGUUUUUCUAUUAAUGUUAACCGUAAUGCGUAGCACAGAAGUGGAUAAUAUUUUGAAUAUAGUGGAAAAGGCGGCCGAAACGGAAUUUUAUGAUUUCCAUCGUCCCAUCCGUUUAUUUCUGUUUACUCUGGUUGUCAUGGGCUUUCUCAUUUCUCUGACUACGAUACGUUUGUGGAAAGUUUUUCAGUUUGCCUCCGUCUUUCAAGUCUUUACAAGAACUCUAUAUGUGGCCUGGUCAGCGUUAAUAAGUACGGCUGUUAUUAUACUAAUAUUUCUAAUGGCAUUCGGUAUAUCCGUAUCGAUAAUUAAUGGCGAUUAUAGCCUAAAUUUCUAUUAUUUAACAAAUAGCAUUGUCUCGUGCAUGUGUUUUGCUAUGGGAUUUACAUCGCAUUUGAAUUCGGCGGAUAUGUUCUUUGGUGGCUCAUUAGUUGGUGUCAUUUUAUAUCUCAUUUUGGUCUUUGUUCUCGCUAUAAUUCUAAUCAAUGUAUUUGCCUCUACAAUUUCUGCCUAUUUCGAAGAAGUCGAUAAGAUGGCGAAAGAAAAAGAAAAGCGACAAAUCAAUUUCAUUCAAUUUCUUCAUUUGGAAUAUGGCCAUUGGUGGAGUUGUUGUCGAAAUUGGUUUGGCAUGCGUAAAGGUUAUCGUAGAAAUAAUCGCACCGUGUCCCAGAAUAUACGACGGGAGCUGGAUGAUCAGGAAAGAUAUGAGGCCAACACGCGGCGUAUCAUUAUUAAGGAGGAGCUCACUGAAUAUGAGAAAAAUUUGAAUUAUCGGGUGAGCUUGGAGAGAUCCUAUUGCUUGGUCUCCAUUAUGCGUGUCCAAAUGAAUUUGCUGGAACGUAUGCUAUUCGGUGAUAAAGAUGGUAAUCUAGAACCUCUCUCGGAUUCGAGCUAUACCAGUGAUUCAGAUAUUCCCGAGAUGUAUCGCAAGGAGAAAAAGAAAGUUACAUUUAGUGCUAAUUAAUGUGCAUAAGGUUUGGGUAGAAUAUUGUAAACAAUAUUUUAAAAAUUGAAGCUAAAAAUGGUUUCUAAAAAACUUUUUUAAUUUGCUAAGAGGAUUAUGAUAAAAAUCUUUCUAAAAUUUAAUCAAUGAUGUUUU